GUUGAUUCAGAUGGUUUGAACUUAAACCAUUGACAGUUUGAUGAACGAAUGAAAUAUAAGGAUGGAGUUGAUUUCGGUUAUUUCUUCCGAGAAACCAUUUGCAUUCGAUAUUUAGUUUCAUCAUCGUGAGACAAUAGAUAAGCUAUACCAGAUUAGCAUUGAGUGCAAUUCCGCAUACAAGACAUAAUUGAAAUUGUUCGUUUAGUUUUACCCUUCUCUUUUCAAAAUACUUUUACUGCAAUCAACUUUAUCGCAUACUUAUCGAGGACUUAAAUUAUUUUCAUAUAUUGUCAUCUAUUGUUAUCAUAAUAUCAGGGGACUUUAUUUGUGGUAGUAGGUGGAAUUUUUGGAAAAUCAGCAAAAAUGUUGAUGCCAACAAAAAAUCGAAAAGCUAUUUAUGAAUAUUUGUUCAAAGAAGGCGUAUGUGUAGCGAAGAAGGAUUACAAUUUGAAGACACAUCCGGACAUACCGGAUGUAACCAAUUUGGAGGUGAUCAAAGCCUGCAAGAGUCUUGCUUCGCGAGAAUAUGUCAAGGAGCAGUUUGCUUGGCGCCAUCAUUAUUGGUAUUUGACAAAUGAGGGCAUUGAUUAUUUGCGCGAAUAUCUUCAUUUACCAGCUGAAAUUGUCCCAUCUACCGUCAAGGCUAAACAGCGCGAACCAAGGCCUGGAUUUGAACGUAUCCCAAGAGGGCCGAAAGUAGAAAGCGAUAGAGAUGCAUACCGAACGGCUGAGAAAGUAACCGAAGCAGGUCCAGGUGCAGCCCCAGUAUCAGGUUAUCGAGGUGGAUAUGGUCGGGGUGCAGGAGCUCUACAGUAAGACUAUACAAAAGAUGAAAAUGAUUGAAAAUGUUGUUUGUUACUGUUACUAAUGAAUAAAUAACUCAAAAAUGAUGUAAUUUUGUGGUGCACUAGCAGAAGUAUGAACCG